CCCAAAUGCAGAUCUCAAGAACAUAAUGCACAUAGGAUGGAUAUUAGCUCAAGUGUUGUCUGUUUAUGUACGUAAUGACUAUCCUUCUCUUUUAAAAUGUCAUUUUGGUUAAUCGCCGGCGUUGUCAUGGUGAAAAGUGAAAGGCAUGAUAUUUAUGGGAUGGAGCAUGGGGCAUUUAAGGCAGCUGCGUGAGUGUGAGAGACCUGCGCCCUCUCUGCCCCGCCGUGUUAACUUCUCGUCAUGUGUGAAGACUGCAAAGGAGACGGAGAGCUGCUAGGCAAAUGCGCUGAGGACAGGAGGGACAUUAUGGGCGCGCCGGUGGAAGUUUUGGAUGAGGACGCGUCGUCGCUGCAGGCGAUGGCAUCUGCACCUCUGUUAGGCAGAGCUGUGUGUGCAAGCUGCAACGAGGAAAUUGUGGAUAAAUAUUUAUUAAAGGUUAACGACUUGUGCUGGCAUGUGCGCUGUCUGUCGUGCAGCGUGUGCCAGACCUCGCUUGGCAGCCACACGAGCUGUUACAUCAAAGAGAAAGAGGUUUUCUGUAAACUGGAUUACUUUAGAAGAUACGGCACCUGGUGCGCGUGCUGCGGCCGGAACAUCCACUCCACAGACUGGGUCCGCCGGGCCAAGGGCAACGUGUACCACCUGGCCUGCUUCGCCUGCUUCUCCUGCAAGAGGCAGCUGUCCACCGGGGAGGAGUUCGCUCUGGUGGAGGAGAAAGUUCUCUGCAGGGUCCACUACGACUGCAUGCUGGACAACCUCAAGCGGGCCGUGGAGAAAGGAAACAGUGUUAACAUGGAGGGGGCUGUGCCCACUGAACAGGAGAUCAACCAGCCAAAACCCUCCAAGAGAGCACGGACCAGCUUCACUGCCGACCAGCUGCAGGUGAUGCAGGCCCAGUUCGCGCAGGACAACAAUCCAGAUGCCCAAACGCUGCAGAAGCUGGCGGAGCAGACGGGCCUCAGUCGAAGAGUCAUACAGGUCUGGUUCCAGAACUGCCGAGCACGCCACAAGAAGCAUGUGAGCCCCAACCACACCUCCAGCACCCCCAUGACCUCACUGCAGUCCAGCCGCCUCUCCCAGCCCACCCCAACCCCUGAGGAGCUGCAGUACACAGCUUACGGUGGCCCGGAGGGAUCAAUGCUCUCUGCACUGCACUCCUUCAUAGACAUACACUCCCCUCCAUCCAUGUUUCAACCGCUGCUGCCAGCCCACGCCAUGACCUCGCUGCCUGUGUCUCACGCCUGAGCUGCUCCUACACACACAAACACACACUCACACUCACACACACACACACACAAACACACACACACACACACACACACACAACAGUCGUCCGUCAUUAGCAGCUGCAGUAUUCAGAUUUCCUUGGUAAAUAUAAUUUCAUUUUAAGUGAACCAUAAAACUUUUCCAUUUCUUGACCUGUCAGUAAAUUAUUACAUGUUGACAUUCUUUGAAAACACUCACUUCACUGUUGAGCAUAUUAUGGUUGACUAUAAUUUGUACUGUAUAAUGUGGAAAUGGAAAGGUUUCAGUGUACCUCAUUGGAUUGUGACAUAUGACAUUAUAGAUUUAUAUUUGUUUGUGUAGUUGGUGACACAGUUUGACCGUGCUACUCUAAGUGAAAGCCACCGGACUCAAAAUGUCGACUCAUUAUGAAGGUGAACUUGAAAUUGUUUGUAUAGCAGUGUUUGGAUAUUGCAAUUUAAUUUAU